AUGAGCCAGCCUAACACCGGAACGGCUCAGCAGGCCAAUGCUCAAGAAGCGGGCAACACUGGCAUUGCUGCGGCUGGCACGGUCAGUGACAACGGUCUUUUCUGGACAUGCGGAGGCACCCGCCAAGACGGAGAUCCGUGCCUCUCUCGGGUCAUAAAUCGCUAUAGCAGUAUUAGAAAUCAUUUCACAAAGCACCAUACGCCGGAUUCGGCGUACCAGCGCGACCAGGAUGGCAGUCGCCCAUGGUACUGCAUCCGUCGUGGCUGUGAAGACCGUCUCUUCCGUAACUGGAACUCGCUGCUAGGUCACCAUCGACACUUCCACGGAUUCCGUGGAGUGUCGGCUGGCCUCAAGGCGCGGUCGGCGAUAUUCGUGGGAGGUAACCGCCGUCGAUGUGGCCUCGCCAUCCUCAAGUGUACAACGGUCUGA